AUGAGUGAAUACUUCCGGCGAUACAUCAAGAAGUAGCACUACCCGACCCCUCCGUACUUGGUUGACUACUCAAGCAGCAUAAAGUUCAAGACCACCUUCAAGAACUGCGUAUACGACGGUUUCAUCUACCGGGAGUGGAAGCAGACCUGGGACGACGACUGGAACAUAAUCUGGUGCGAGAAGGAACAGGUAGACUGGGUGUUCGAGAAACACCGUAUCCUGCCGCACAUGAAGAUCAACCACUUCCGCGGUUGGUACGAGCUCUGCCGCAAGGACAUGCUCAACAAGAACCUCAAGAAGUUCAAGCGCACCCUCGACAAGCAGAAUAACAAAGAGGAGUCAGAUUAGUACGAUUUCCUCCCCCCCACCUUCCAGCUCCCCAGCGAGUACGUCAUCUUCUACGAGGAGUUCAAGAAGACGCAGAAUGAUAACAAAACGCUAUGGAUCAUGAAGCCAGUACCUUCCUCCCCACGCAGAAGCAAGUGCCAGGGCAAGGGCAUUUUCAUCUUCAACAAGAUUGGAGACAUCGCCAAGUGGAAGAGCUUCAACCGCGACAACCCGCCAGAGCCCUACGUCUGCCAGCGCUACCUCCUCAAUCCCCUCCUCUUCGGAGGACGCAAGUUCGACAUGAGGAUCUACGCCCUCUGCACCUCGUACCAACCGCUCACCAUCUACCUAUACCGCGCAGGAUUCGCAAGAUUCGCACAUUAAAGGUACGACAACACCGACACUGAUAACCUGUGUACCUCCCGACUAUCCAGAUAACAUCUCACCAACGUGGCUAUCAAUAUCAACGCUCCGAACUACGUGAAGUGGAUUGGCGGAAAAUGGUUCCUUUCGUAGCUGAAAAAGUUUAUGUUAAGUAAGCUGGGAAUCGAGAUGACCAACCACGCCUUUUUCGAUAUCCAGCGCUGCAUAAUCAAGUCACUACUAGCUGUCCAAAAACUAGUAACAAACUCUCCCAACUCCUUCGAGCUCUACGGCUUCGAUUUCAUUUUCGACAGCAACGGAAAGGCGUGGCUUUUGUAGGUGAACGGCGGUCCUUCGAUGACCUCCAACACGAAGGAGGACGCUGAGCUGAAGGUGGGCUGCAUCGACGACGUGAUGACCAUAAAUAACCUGGAGGGCAUGUACUUGUGGGGGAUGCAGCUGAAGGGCGACGAGGAAGUGGUGGGCGGAUUCGACCUUAUCUACAAGGGAAAGGAGAUCGGGAUUGGUUCGGCGACCUCCUAUACCACCAUGUUGGGCUGCAAGAACAACCGCAUCGAGAACAUAAAGAAGCUGGCAAGGGCCACCGCCUUCCGGCUGGCCAAGGAGUUCCAGGAGAAGAAUAAGGUGGUCGAGUCCAAUAAAAAAAUUUAA